AUGCCGUCGGAUGCGGAGAGCUCAGCGAAUUUAGCUCCGGCGAAGCCACCGCCGUAUUUCUGGGGAGACAUGCCGGAGGAAGAGUACUUUACUUCACAAGGUGUGCGCAACACCAAAUCCUACUUCGAAACACCCAACGGCAAGCUCUUCACUCAGACCUUUCUUCCCUUGGAAGGCGAGAUCAAAGGAACGGUGUACAUGUCUCACGGCUACGCUUCCGAUACGAGCUGGAUGUUCUCGAAGAUCUGCAUGAGCUACUGCAGAUGGGGCUACGCCGUUUUCGCCGCCGAUCUUCUCGGUCACGGCCGCUCCGAUGGCAUCCGCUGCUACAUGGGUGAUAUGGAGAAAGUUGCAGCAACGUCGUUGUCUUUCUUCAAGCAUGUUCGUACCAGCGAACCAUAUAAGAAUCUCCCAGCUUUCCUCUUUGGUGAGUCCAUGGGAGGACUUGUCACGCUUCUCAUGUACUUUCAAUCGGAGCCUGAGACUUGGACCGGUUUGAUCUUCUCGGCUCCUCUCUUUGUCAUCCCGGAGCCCAUGAAACCGAGCAGGCCUCACCUUUUUGCCUAUGGUCUCCUCUUUGGCUUGGCUGAUACGUGGGCCGCAAUGCCGGAUAAUAAGAUGAUUGGGAAGGCUAUUAAGGACCCUGAAAAGCUCAAGAUCAUCGCAUCUAACCCCAACAGAUACACAGGGAAGCCUAGAGUGGGAACAAUGAGGGAGUUACUGAGGAAGACGCUAUACGUGCAGGAGAAUUUUGACAGAGUAACUAUUCCGGUGUUGACGGUGCACGGGACAGCGGAUGGAGUGACGUGUCCUUCGUCGUCGGAGCUGCUGUACGAGAAGGCGUCGAGCUCUGAUAAAACGUUGAAGCUGUACGAAGGAAUGUACCAUUCACUGAUCCAAGGAGAGCCUGACGAGAACGCUGAGAUUGUGUUGAAGGAUAUGAGAGAGUGGAUUGAUGAAAGGGUUCAGAGGUAUGGAUCUAAAACGGCUUGA